AUGUGGAAUAGUGGAUUUGAGAGCUAUGGCAGCUCCACCUUUGGGGGAGCCGGUGGCUACACGCAGUCCCCCGGGGGCUUUGGAUCGCCGACACCUUCUCAGGCCGAGAGGAAAUCAAGAGCCCGAGCCCAACAUAUUGUACCCUGUACCAUAUCUCAGCUGCUUUCUGCCACUCUGGUUGAUGAAGUGUUCAGAAUUGGAAGUGUUGAGAUAUCACAGGUCACUAUUGUGGGAAUAAUCAGACAUGCAGAGAAGGCUCCAACCAACAUUGUUUACAAAAUAGAUGACAUGACAGCUGCACCCAUGGAUGUUCGCCAGUGGGUUGACACAGAUGAUGCCAGUGGUGAAAACACUGUGGUUCCUCCAGAAACGUAUGUGAAAGUGGCUGGCCAUCUGAGAUCUUUUCAGAACAAAAAAAGCCUGGUGGCCUUUAAGAUCAUGCCUCUGGAGGAUAUGAAUGAGUUCACCGCACAUAUUCUGGAAGUAGUGAAUGCACACAUGAUGCUAACCAAAGCUAAUAGCCAGCCCCCAGCAGGGAGAGCACCUAUCAGCAAUCCAGGAAUGGGUGAAGCAGGGAGCUUUGGUGGGAAUAGCCUCAUACCGACAAAUGGCCUCACUGUGGCCCAAAACCAGGUGCUGAAUUUGAUUAAGGCUUGCCCAAGACCUGAAGGAUUGAACUUUCACGAUCUCAAGAACCAGCUUCAACACAUGCCUUUAACCUCAAUCAAGCAAGCUGUGGAUUUUCUAAGCAACGAGGGACACAUCUAUUCCACUGUGGAUGAUGAUCAUUUUAAAUCCACAGAUGCAGAAUAA